AUGUCGGAUGAAAAGGACAUUAGAGACACUAUCCGUCGCUCCAUUUCCGAUAGUGAUGCUGUCUCUGACAGCAACAAGAAAGUGCAGACGGUCAUUUCGUACAACCGCGAAGACAUUGGUGAUGCUACUAACGUCUUGUCAACCAUAAUGUCACCGUCAGGGCGCGAGGUUAAAGUCACGGGAGAUGUAGAUGACGCAAUGCGUCUGGCGCUGAACUCGCAGAACAUCGUGAUCACUCCCGAGGAAGACGCCCGUUUGGUGCGUAAAAUCGAUCUGUAUAUGUUCCCGCUACUUUGCCUGCUGUACGCCAUUCAAUUCAUGGACAAAAUCUCCAACGGGUCCGCUGCCGUCAUGGGUCUUCGUGAAGACCUGAAAAUGCAUGGCGAUCAGUACUCGUGGGUCGGCUCUGCAUUUUACUUUGGUUAUCUGUUUUUCAACAUGGGACCAGGCCAAUUCAUUUUCCAGAAAUCCAGGUGGCUGGCCAAAACACUUGCCGUCUUCGUUGUGGUAUGGGGUGUAUUUUUGGCCUUGCACGCUGUGCCCUCCGUCACGUAUCCCACAUUCAUUCUUUUGCGUGUCUUGCUAGGCUGUGCUGAGUCCAUGGUGACACCAACAUUCACCAUUAUCACGUCCCAGUACUGGAAAAAAGAAGAGCAAUUCAUGCGCGUCUGUCUGUGGUUUGGAUUCAACGGUCUUGGCUCCAUUUGGGCCAACUCUUUGGCUUAUGGUCUUUAUAUCAGACAGGAUAGCUACAGCAUCGAUGCUUGGCGAGUAUUGUUCGUUAUCACCGGCUUGAUCACAGUAGCAGUUGGAUUUGCUAUAUUUUUCCAUAUUCCUGAUGACCCUUCCAAAGCCUGGUUUUUGUCCGAGCGUGAAAAGUUCAUGGUCGUUGAAAGAAUCAGAUCCAAUCAACAAGGUUUUGGAAAUCACAACAUCAAAUGGUACCAGGUAAAAGAGGCUUUCACCGAUGUUAGAACCUGGUUGUAUUUCGUCUUUUCAGUGGGUUCUAAUAUUCCCAAUGGCGGUUUAACCAACUUUAUGAACCUUUUGAUCAAGAAUGAUUUCGGUUACAGCACUUCUCAAUCUUUACUGAUGACAAUGCCUACCGGUGCCGUUGAGCUUGUUGCAUGCCCACUAUUUGGUUAUUUGUCGGUAGUGUGCGCACGUAAGAAGGUUCCAUUUUUGCAAUACCGGUUGAGUUGGGGUAUCAUUGCUGCUCUCAUCAGUGUUCUUGGUACGUGCAUGUUGGCAUUCGCUCAUCAGUCCAAGAAGGCUAGAUUGGCUGGUGCCUACUUGCUUUAUGUCAAUCCUAUCUCUUUCAUUUGCGUGCUGUCCAUAAUCAGUUCCAACACGUUGGGAUUUAGCAAAAAAUGGAGCGUCUCUUCCAUCAAUUUGGUCUCUUAUGCCGCUUCUAACUUGGCGGGCCCACAAACUUUCAUUCCGUCUCAGGCGCCAAGCUACACGGGAGCAAAAAUCGCCAUGUUGGUCUGCUACGCUGGUUCCGUAGUGGCUUUGUCCGUUUUAUUCCUAAUCAACUAUCGGGAGAACAUAAGACGAGACAAAGUGCAAGCUGAGAGAGGUCCAGAUGAAGUCGUGAUCGAGAACCUAGAAUUUGCCGAUUUGACUGAUAAAGAAAACCCUUAUUUCAGGUACGCGCUUUAG